GUCGCACAAACACAUGGUUGUUUCUGAUGUAUUUUUAUGGUCUUUGGCCGCUAUAUAUCUCUUCGCGUUUUCAUCUCUAUAUGUUCAAAUACCUGGACUUUAUGGAAAGGAUGGAAUUUUACCAGCACGGAAUGUGAUUCAUGAUUUGACAUCAUGUAUAGACCGUGACACAAGAUGUCCAAUGUGGCAAUCAUGGGGGGAAUGUCAAAGGAAUAAAAUUUGGAUGUCAAAACAUUGCAGAAAGAGUUGUAGUAAUUGUCAAGAUUCUGAUAUUAAACUUUUCUUGCAAGAGUUAAACCUUCUCUUACUCACUCGCAAUUUGGGUUUUGAUACUGAAACUGGAAUGGAGUUUCUUUGCCUUGUUGGGAUGCUCUUAUCUGUUUUUUUGUUGCUAUCAACAUGGAUGAGAAACUGCUGGAGCUUUGGAUUUUUAUUUUUGCUCUAUUAUUCUCAGCACAAGGUCGGACAAAUUUUUCUUUGGUAUCAAUGGGAUGCAUUGCUGUUAGAAACUGGAUUCCUGGCCAUUAUUAUUGCUCCAUUCAAUAUAUCGUUAGAUAGAAAAAACAAAUGCUUUAUCAAAUUUAGAAGAUCAAAAGUAUCUCCUGCUGGCAGUGUCAGUUUUUGGUUGUUAAAAUGGUUGUUAUUUCGUCUCAUGUUCAGUUCUGGCGUCGUAAAAAUGACAUAUAGCGACAAAACGUGGUGGAAUUUAACAGCUCUUAACUGGCAUUAUGAAUCACAGUGUAUUCCAACACCUCUUGCAUGGCAUUUUCAUCAUCUGCCUGAAUGGUUUCAGAAAUUAAGUGUUGUUAUGACGUAUGUUAUUGAAAUAGGAAUCCCGUUCCUUUUCUUCAUUCCUGUUCGAUUUCUUCGUAUUUUUGCAGCGUUUGCUCAGGUUUUUCUUCAGUUGUUAAUAAUCCUUACUGGAAACUAUAACUUUUUCAAUAUACUUACGAUCAUUUUGUGUUUGUCCUUGGUCGAUGAUAAGUUUUUUGGGAUAGAAUCAACUCCUGAGGAUCAUGAACAGUCUGAAGCGUUGGAGAAAAAAGACGUCGCAACGCGUAGGGGUGAAAUCACAAAUAGUGCGAAUGAGGCAGAAUUAAAGCCACUUUUAAAAAAUAAAAAGCAAGGUGUAAAGCACGACUUGGAGAAAAGAAAUAAGAAGGAAAACCGAAAUUUUCAGAGUUUCUUUUAUCAGUUGAGAGAAUUUUAUGAAAGCAAGACUUGUUUUAAAAUACAAACGAUUGUGAAAGUUUUGACAAUUAUUAUUGUCUUUAUGUUGUUUACCAUCUUAACUGUGCGAUGGUUCUCACUGAGGAUAUCUUCAAGUGAACCUGUUCACACAAAAAUAGCUUUUUCCUCUGAUGCGUUUUUUUCUGCUGUGCGAAGUGCUACAUACAUCUCCAUCUUCUUGGGUCUCUGGUCUUUAUCUGUUGAAAUAAUAGAAGCAUUUAUAAGAUGUUUGAAACUGGAAAUUAAACGGGAUAAAAUAAUUCAAAUAUUCAAACUUUUGCAAGUGUCUAUUAUCUCCCUUUUUAUGUUUGGAUUAAGUUUGGUUCUUUAUACUGGUGAAAUUGACAAAGGCGUUCAGGCGAAUAUUCCACGAUUCUUGGUUACCUUACAUGACAAUACUUAUCAUUUAGAAAUGGUUCAUUCUUAUGGAUUGUUCAGAAGUAUGACUGGUGUUGGUGGUCGACCUGAAGUGAUUAUCAAAGGAGGUGAAACACCAACUGGACCUUGGAAGGAAUUUGAUUUUCUGUAUAAACCAGGAAAUGUGAACACAAGGCCUCCAUUUGUUGCUCCUCACCAACCUCGACUGGACUGGCAAAUGUGGUUUGCCUCAUUAGGGAGUUAUGAUCACAAUCCUUGGUUUUUAAGUUUAAUUCAUAAACUGCUGCUUGGAGAAACGCAAGUUCUUGGUUUGUUGGACAGGGGCCAUUUUGAAAACCAGCCACCUCAGUACAUUAAAGUUGAUUUAUAUCGAUAUCAUUUCACAGAAAAUUCAACUCGUUUUUGGAAAAUUUUGUCACAAACCAGUGUUAAAUCAUGGUGGUCGAGAGAAUAUGUCAACGACUAUACUCCUUUUAUAAUAAACAGAAAUGAUACUGAAUCAUUUGAAGUUCUUCUCAAGAAUCGUUUCAAAUUACUCAGGACUGACGUGCCCGAUGAGGCUACAUUUGGCUUUCUAUAUUCUUUGGUGAAUAAUCUUCGCAGCCCUCGUCAAGGAAGACUAGGCCCUAGUCUUAUACUUACACUGUUUCUUUCCUCACUGGUUUCAUUAAUUACCAAAAUAUGGUGGAGGCGAACUGGACACAAGAACCUUUCUCCUGCGAUAACUUGGUUAAAAUCAUCCAUUAUGAAGAUUGUUCCUAACAAGAUUACUAACAUUCGUCCAUACUUGUCGUCUUAUCGUAAACGCAUACGUCACUGCUGUAUUUUAUGCAAGAGAAGAACUCUUUCAAAAUUAAACAAAACGGUUUUUAAAUGGGCAGACUGGUCGAGGGGUAAAGAAUACGCAUCUCAUGUUAAAAGUUGGUCUAGAGUUGAAUGUUUGAAGGUAAAGGAGAGUGUGAUAAAGCUUGCGAGUUUUGACAUGGGACUGAUGGGAGGCGAACAUAUUUUGUUUUCUAAGGGAUAGCACCCAGCCCCAAGCACCCAGGCCCUAGCCCCUCUCGGUUCUGCUGCCACUGCCCCACUAUUUUGAGACACGUUCGUCUCAUGCUAUUUCAGGUUUUUCGUUGUAAGAUGAUCCAAAGUCGGUUAUGUGCUGUAGAGCACAAAGUUUUAUUUAAAAAUAACACAAUUAUAUCAUAAAAU